AUGGCACCAGUUGAACAUCUCCCGGAUAACAACAUCUCUUGGAAGCUUCUGCUUGGAAGUAUCAUCACCAUCGUACCAGCGACUCUAUGCGUGAUUGUACGAUUUGUGUCCCGCCAUGUCGCCCGCGCUGGACUAUGGUGGGACGACUAUACCAUUGCGAUAGCUCUGGUGCUGAACAUGGCCACGGCUAUUUUGAGAUGGAUACAGAUCCCGGCGUAUGAUUAUGGGCGUCAUCCUGAGUACGUGUCUAAGGAAAAGAAGAUUGGAUUUGGAAAGACUUUUCUCGCUAUCCAAAUCCUAUACUUCCUCAAUGUCACCAUGACAAGGGCAUCAAUACUGCUCCUCUACCGCCGCAUUUUCGGCGUCGUCACUCGCUUUCGUCGCGCCCUCUAUUUCGCCGGAAUCCUUCUCAUCCUCUACUUCGUCUCAUGUGUAAUCGUAUCAAUCGCAGGAUGUUCACCAGUCUCCAAAUUCUGGGACACAAGCCUCCCAGGCCACUGCAUUAACGAAGUGGCCUUCUUCCGCUGGAACGGCGUUGCAAAUGUGUUUCUCGAUUUAAUGGUGCUUCUCCUCCCACUGCCAAUGAUCUGGCGAAUAAAGACAACAAGGCGACAGAAAUGGCUCCUGACGGGGAUAUUCCUACUAGGUGGCUUUGUCUGCGUCGUCUCCAUUGUCCGCGUUGUCCACUUUAACGUCGCAAAUUUUGGUGAUCCGACUUACAGUAGUCUCAGUCCAGCAACUUGGUCCUCGGUUGAGCAAUCUACCGGAAUAGUCUGUGCUUGUCUUCCAACAUUCCGUCCGCUUUUCCGCACUCUGUAUGGCCCGUCAAGGUCGAAGGCGUCCUCUGUUAGAGGUAACGGCUCGAUCUCUGACUCUCAGGAUCGGGACUCUUUUCGUCGUUCUAUGUCGCAGUGCGAUGAAGAUAGCAGUAUCGUUCGCUUUUCUUCUCAACAGGGCAUGCGCGGUGCAUCCGCACAUCGGCUAGACACGAUUCAGAAUGUCGGUCACAGUCCGACCUCGGGGUAUCAAGAUGAUGAGCGUCCUGGAUCGCAGAGCUCGCAGACGAAUAGACCGGUUUCUGCAGCU